GGGGGUCGCGUCGUCGGAUUAGCGGAUAAGCAGAGGGAGGAAUCCAAACUCAACCACGGUCACUGAAUCAUCUAUACUCUUUUCCACAUUCCUGCCUACUGUCCCUGAUCAGAAUCAUGCCUCGGGGCCAGAAGAGUAAGCUUCGUGCCCGUGAAAAACGCCGCCAGGCUCGAGAAGGGUCAGAGCGUCUGGUGGCUGCUCAGGCCACUCACCCAGAGGAAGGAAAGUCUCUCUCUUCCCCAUCUUCUCAUUUCAAAGAUGCUCCCCAGAGCCCCCCUGCCAUGGGAACACCCAGGAAUCCUCAAGUUCCUGGGAGAGUCAGCCCCACCAGCACUACUGCUGCAGCUGCUUCAAACACAAGAUUUAAUGAAGGUGCCAACAAUCAAGUGGAGGAAAAGCCAAAUGUCUCAAAAGCUGGAGGUACCACUGACGAAUGGCACAGAGACCCUAUAGAGAAGAAAGUUGCUAUGCUGGUAUACUACCUGCUGUACAAGUAUCAAGUGAAAGAGCCUAUUACUAAGUCAGAUAUGCUGAGAAAUGUAAUCCAGAUUUAUAAGAAUCACUUCCAAGAGAUCCUAAGAAAAGCCUCUGAGCACUUGGAGCUGGUCUUUGGCCUUGAUGUGAAGGAAGUGGAUCCCCACAGAAACACCUACGUCCUUAUCAACAAGCUGGAACCGAGCUGUGAUGCAAGAGAGAAUGAUCAUGGAGGUGUGCCCAAGACAGGCCUGUUGAUGACUGUCCUGGGUGUGAUCUUCACGAAAGGCAACCGUGCCACCAAGGAGGAAAUCUGGGAAGUGCUGAAUAUGAUGGGGUUAUAUGAUGGAAAGAAGAAUUUCAUCUAUGGGGAUCCCACGAAGCUCAUCACCAAAGAUUGGGUGAAAGAAAAGUACCUGGAGUACCGCCAGGUGCCCGGCAGCGACCCUCCAAGCUAUGAAUUCCUGUGGGGCCCCCGAGCCCACGCCGAGACCAGCAAGAUGAAAGUCCUGGAGUUUGUGGCCAAGAUACAUGAUACCGUCCCCACUGCCUUCCCAGGCUGGUAUGAAGAGGCUUUGAGAGAUGAAGAAGAGCGAGCCCGAGCCAGAGUUCUAGCCAAGGCUGGUACCGCUGCCACGGCCAGUGCACAUGGCAGGGCCAAGCCCAGCAGCUUUUCCUGCCCCAAGUGAAGGCUAAGGAAGGUUAUUUACUAUCUGUUUGGAGAACAGCUAAUGUUCUCAUUAGUGGAAAGUCAGGGUGGGGCUGGAGACCAGAGAAUAUAUUAACAUGUUUGUGUUCUAUGUAGUAACCUGGAUAUUUGUCUAAAUGUUGCUCCUUCUAACAGAAGGUUUAACUAGCUUCAG